GAUGGAAGUAGAUUCAGUUGAGUUUGAGAUCUUGCUGUGGUUUGAACCUCCGCAUCUCCGUUGUGUUGUGGCUACGUUUUGGAUGUUUUUGUUUGUCUUUUACUCUCCUGUGGUAGCAAGCAAGCUUGAUCACUUGAUCGUAGGCUUUCGAGGUCUUGUGUGAGGUGUGUGUAAGGUGCGCGCGGGGCUGCUGUCUCCCACCCCCAACCCAAGUGUACCAGCUUUCGGUACAGAUUCCUGACUCAUCCAUAACCGACGUUUGGGACGGUAAUCGAUCGCUUCGGCUGCUGUUUGGGUUGCUGCAUAUGCACAGCAAAGUGUUGUGAAACUGUGAACGCCUAAUUGGUGUGACAGUGAGGUUCUGAUAUUAUAUUAACAAAAUAGUGAGAAAAGUUUGAAACCGAAGUGUCAACAGAAAGUGGUGUGAAAAUUUGACAAGUCGGAAAGUGUGGCAAACCUGACGCAACUGGUUUUCGUUAGGCAAUCGGCAAUAAUCUUCGGUCGAUCGCGAGUAGUUUCGGUUUUUUUCUCUCUUUCUUUAAUUUGGGAGCUAAUUUUGUGCGCAGCAGUGUUUAGCCAAAUGUGCCAGACGUAAUCAUGAUAAAAGCGAAGCUGUCAUUAUGUGCUGCGAUCGCAGCCGCACUACUGCUGGUGGUGGCCAAUCUUGGUCCACCGGGGGCCGAGGCCCAUGUUGCGCUAACGUUCCCACCGGCUCGGAUGUACGAUCUUGACUUCUUGGAUAAUUCCCGAACCAAAGCGCCCUGUGGAAUGCCGAAGGGUUCAUUGAAGACGUCAUUCCUGGCCGGAAGUACCUUCAACGUUUCGUGGCAUCUGGCGUAUCCGCAUCGGGGAGGGUUCCGUCUUGAAGUACUUGACCAGAAGGAGAAACCUAUCCUGAAUCUGACACCAAGUAUGAAAGGGAAGCAAUUCUUGCGGGAUGAUGCCACCGCCCAACAGUACCAGGUUUCGCUCCCGAAGGAUUUCACUUGUCCGGACUGCUCGAUCCGGUUGACCCGUCAGGCGGACGAAUGGGGCGGUAACUAUCUGUUCUGGUCCUGUGCCGAUGUGGACAUUGUCCAGCGGAAGGAGUUCCGCGAAACUUGCUCCGGUCAUGGCAAAUUCAUCGCUCGCUGCAAGUGCGAGAAAAAGUAUUACGGCAACCGGUGCGAGUUUUGGGAUGAGUGUGUUACCAACCAGGACUGUGGUCUGCAGGGAACAUGUGUGGAUCUAGGAGGAACAUCCCUUCCUCGGAAACAAUGCUACUGCCGGUUGGGAUGGUACGGACCGGGAUGUAACAAAAAAUCGCCAAUUAAAUCGACCGAUAUCGAUUACUCAUUGUACAAAAUGAAAAAUCUCUCACCCGAUCUCAACGUUUACUGGCGAGUGCUGAAGGAGCAGGCCGAGAUAGAGAUGGUGCUCAAGGUGAACGGAACAUCGUGGGUGGGUUUGGGAUGGCGACCCCGUCAGUUGACCGCCGAAUGUAAGAACUUCCCCCUAAUUGGAAGCGCGGCUGCAGCACCGAGCGCUGCCCCGGAACCAGGGGCAGAGCCUGAACCUGCGAGUGAACCAGAACCUGAGGGAACGGCAGAGCCAGCCUCUGAACCGGCAGCUCAUCCGAAACCCGAACCGGAAAGCUCCUCAGAACCGGAGCCGGAGCCGAAAUCACCUAAAGCCGAACCAGAACCGGAACCGGAGGUUUCGUCCGAACCGGAACCGGAAAGUGUCUCUGAACCCGAACCCACUGCUGAAGGCAAGGCUGAACCGAGUGCAGAACCAAACGCCGAGCCACAGUCCAAAAAGACGAAGCGUGACACUCAUGAUUCCCAUCCGCCAGCGAGUGAACCCGAACCGGAACAUUCUCCCAAAUCCGAACCAGAACCAAAAUCGGAGCCCGCUUCCGAACCGGAACCGAAAGCAGAAACGACCGCCAAACCUAAGCCGGCCGCCGCGAAGAAGGCAAACCCCUGGACUCCUCGGCAUGACUUUAAUCCGAUGGACUGCACGGAUAUCGUUAUCGGAACGGCUCGCGGAGAAAACCACCGAGUGUGGGAUUACUACACCCGAGACCGAUCGACUCCCCGGAUGGACACCUUCUGGGGUGGAAAGUCCGAUCUAACCGCAGCCGGUGGAUUCGAGGUGGACGGUGUGACGACCAUUGUUUUCCGCAAGAAACUUCAGGCCAGCGAACCAACGGAUCACUCGAUCGUCGAUGACCUGAUGCACGUUAUUUGGGCGAGGGGUCAGGAGCCGGGUGCGUACGUGCAUUCGCCACCAUCGGGGCUGGAGAAGGAGACGGUUAGCGUGCAGGAGUUCUACAUGCGGGAUGAGCUGAAGUACCACGGCCACCGAUCGCAGCGGGGGGUAACGCAGAUCAACUUUUUGGAGGGUAAAAAAUCGGAGCCAAUCCAAAUCGAGAACAACGCCACAACGCUGUUGGCAACGGAAAGCGAUGUUGCUGUACCAACUGGACCGCAGGGACACGAGCUGGACAACGAUUGUCAUGGGUUCUGGAAAUUCCCCAGGGAUUGUGACCUCGAGAAAGCCAACUGCGAAUAUUACGCCAGCUGGUCUGUAGUCGGGAAGGGUGAUUCGAUCCAUUUCCACGUCGCAACCAACAACACCCAGUUCUGGACGGGAAUUGGUUUCAGCAACGAUCAGAAAAUGUCCCAAACGGAUGCCAUUAUCGGGUGGGUGGACAAAACCGGUCGGCCGUUCCUGAUGGACACAUGGAUCAAUGGAUACUCGGCACCGAAGCUGGAUGAUCGCCAGGAUCUGUACAACGCCUCCGGUAGAAUCCACAACGGAAUGACGAGUCUGGACUUUAGCCGAAAACGUGUGACGAACGACGAGAAUGAUUUGUCGUUCACGGAGGACCACUGUCUGUAUCUGAUGUUCCCUCUGGCCGGUGGAAUGUUCAACGGUGUUAAUAAGAAGAUUCGGAAGCACGAAACAACUCCGGUUGUGACGGAUACCCGAGUAUGCAUCAAAUCGUGUCCGCAUCUGUUUGAGUAUCUGUUCAACCCUUCGUCCACCCCUGCGCCGGAUCGUAUGGCUUACAGUGCCUCAAUCAAGCUGACCAAUUUGGCUACCGGGUUUGUGAUACCCGAAUCCGGUACACCAGAGUUCACCGAUCUGUCCAAGUCGAUCACUGACAGCUUCAAUGGAAUGCUGAAGAGCGUAGGUGGCUUCCACAAGACCGAUGUGGUGGAUUUUGCAAAAGAUCCAAAUGGAGUGGUGGUUAGAAUGAACAUUCUCCUCAACAAAGACGGCAUCGAAAGCCAACUAAUGGAGGAUCCAGCGAAGCUGGAGCAAACGAUCCAACAUCUGAUACAGAACAAUUUGGUCUCCGGGAAGGUCGGUGUGCUUUCAGUGGAUCCGGAAUAUUUAGAUUUCAAGGCAUUAGAAUACACACAACCAACCGAUGGUGGGCCCUCAUUCUUCGAGAAAGCUGGUACCAGAUUGUACACCAUUCUGGGAUGCAUAGCCGCUCUGGUCUUCAUUGCAAUCAUUCAGGCCAGCUGUACAAUCUACAAAACGAGGAGAACAAAGCGGCUUAGGGAUCAACUGAUUCCGAAUUCCGCCUGGAAGGAUUACUCCGCAAACACCAACUAUGCGUUUGACAAUUACGAAAGUGACACCAAGAGCAGUGGUAAGCACCGAGGGGACCGAGGCAACUAUAGUAACGGCAGCAGCCAGCAGACGACACUGCAGAUGUCGCACUCUCCGAACAAGUCUCAGUACUACGAGAUUGACCGGACCGAUGGAAUGCACCGUGGUGGUGAUCACAGGAAUGGCGCGAUGCAUCCACGCUCGACUUACGACACGCGUGCAGGCGAUCGGCCAUCUUACGCUGACCGAGCUUACUCGCUUCCCCGGCCGAUGCAUCAGCAGCAACAGCAGCAGCAACAACAUCACCAGCAUCAGCAGCAGAUGCAUAUGCAGCGACCCGGCUCCGAGUACUACACUCAGGACCGGCGUACGAAGCGUUCCGGCAACAACCCCUCGGGCAAUGGAGCAGCAGCCCACUACGCGGCCAGUUCGGUCACCAACGGCAAUGGAAUGCACUACCAGCAGGCUAGCCAACCAUCCCAGAGUGGCCAGAUGUCGGAUUCGGCCGAUCUGUACUUUACGCCCACCCAGAGGAAAUAUUCCGGCGAGGUGGUGAGGGUUUUCGUCGACUACAACAAGGAUAAGAAGUGAGCGGGACCAAAUUAUCGCGGCAAGUCAAUUCCCCCUUCCGAUGCGUGUGUAUAGCGAACGGAAACGAGAUAACACGAAACGUGAGAAACGAAUGCCGCUAAUUUUCGUCAAUUUUCCCUAAAAAUAAAAGCAUCUUACCAACAGUUUUUAAUCAGUGCUCAUUACCAUAUGUGUGUUUUAUUAUGUUUGUUUCGUUUGUUAAUUUGCCCUCAUAUAAGUGAUUUCAUAUCUUUACAUAACUGUUCAAGCGUCAGGGAACUGAAGUGAAACAAAAUACAAGCAACGAGCGAACAGAUAGGCAUCUAAGUCGUAGUCAAUGUAAACAGAUGGAAAAUCAAUAAGGCAUAUUUUCACCCCUCAAAAGGACAGUAUAACGAAAUAAUUCGAGUUAUGUUUAAAUGUUUUAAUUGAGUCAGCCAUUGACAUCCAAUCGGGUAGAGAAUGCAAGUGCGAAGUCGUUAUUUUCGGUUGAGAUGAAACGUUUGCAAGCUAUUGCAAAUCGAACCAUGUUUAGAAAAAGUUUAACUUUAUAAUGUUUUUAAGUUUUUUUUUAAAUGUUAUUUAGACGGAAAGGUAGAGUUCGUGCCAGCCCCCAGCUGGUUCGAUGUGAGAUUCAUAGCAAAACCUGCAGAAACUCCAAAUCGCUAGACAUUAGCCACCCUCUAGUUUGUAUACUACAUAAACGCAUCUGGUAAGAAUACUCCUCAUCGUUUUAGAUAAAAUGUUUUAAAUACCCACUAAAAGACGUGGCGAACGUGUAAAUAGCAAACAAAUUGUAUAGGCCACAUCCAAUUUUAAUUACCGAACACCUAUUGAAGUCUAAACCAUACAUCUCUUUCUGUACAGAUAAUAUAAACAUAUAAUAUAAACGGUUCUAUUUUAUAUCGUUCUUAAUUCUAUAGCUGUAAGCGUUUGUAAAAUAUCGAUAACCAUAAUAACUGUGAAAUAGAUGAAUACAAAUAAACGUUAGUUUUCGAUUGGA